AUGGGGGUCCAGGGUUUGUUAUCCUUUGUCGAGGGCAACAGCCAAGUCUACCGGGAUAUUCGCUUCAGCAACAACAAGCUGAUUAUCGACGGCAGCAACCUGUACCACAUGCUCUACUUUGGAGCAGGUCUGGACCAGCGGCACGGCGGAGAGUAUGAUGCGUUUCAGGACGUGAUUGGGAAGUUUAUCAAAGCCCUCAGAGACUGUGGGAUUGAACCGUACGUGGUGCUGGACGGGGGUACAGACACCAGCGACAACAAAUAUGAGACCUUGCGGAAACGCGCAGAGGACAGGAUCCUAAAGGCGAACAAGGCAGCAUUCGGGGAGGAGGCGAAUGUUUUGCCGUCGCUGGCUAAACAGGUGGUGAGGCAGACGCUGGCUGAUCUGAAAGUGCCUUUUGCGCAGUGCUACUGGGAAGCCGACCGCGAAAUCGCCUCCCUGGCCAGUGAGUGGCGUUGCCCUGUGCUAUCCAACGACAGUGACUUCUACGUGUUUGACCUCCCGGCGGGCUUUCUGCCCAUCUCCCAUUUCAAAUGGGAGGCUGUGGCGCGGAACGGGAACCAAAGUUUUAUCCCGUGCAAGCGCUACUCCGCAUCCAGCUUCUGCGCCCUUUUCAACAUCAAACGCCAGCUGCUGCCCGCCUUCGCCGCGCUCGUCGGAAACGACUAUGUCAAGCUGCGAGAAAUGAACAUAUAUCUUUCUUUUGCCUCAUACGCCCUGACAGCCAGAGACAGGUUCGCCAACCUAGAGGGUCUGCUGCGCUGGCUGAGGGACUUCCAGCAGCCGGAAGAUGCGCUGGUGGCGGCGCUGGGGCUGAUGGGAGACAUGAGCAGACAGAAACGGGCCGAAGUGCUGAAUGGUUUGUCUACGGGCAUGGAGGAAUACCGGCUUACUGCCAGCCACCUGCGGCAGUUCUUCAGCGACGGGACAGCGCCACCUCUGCUCCCGGACACCCUGGGCGUGGUUCCUGACUGGGCACGCCUCCCUCUGACCCAGGGCCGGCUGAGCAGUGACGUCACUGACGUCCUCAUGCUCCAUAGGAUGAAACUGGCUACAGCGGUGGACGACUGCUCCCUGCCGAGCGCCAACCUGACCUCUCGGCCCAUCCGUCAGGUGAUGUUCGGGCUCCUGAUGGGAGGGAGGAGAAAGGUGGAGGAAUUCGACCGGGAAGGCCUGCGGCUGACAAGCUCUUCUGUUCAACCUGUUGUCCGAGGUGUGGCUCAACAGUUGAAGCUUCACUCGCUAAAUGAGGCAGAGCCCUCUUUGCGCCUUCGAGUGCUGUUGGAGACGCUCGGCGUUAGCCCCACUACUCUGAGAAAAUUCCCGCCUCAUCUGCGCCUACCACUGGCAGUCACGUGCUACUGGUUGCAGCACGUCGCGCCGCCUUCAGAGCUCCUCCACGCGCUGCUGCUGGGGCUAUUGCAAGGGGAUCACAGGAGGGAGGAGGCAGCGGCCGGAGUUUGUCUACUUAGGACCUUAACGUGCCCACACUGGAUGGAUCUGGGUGUUGCUCACGCCUACAAUCAGUGGCAGGCCUGCCUGAAGGAUGCCAUUCACCUGAACCAGCUGCUGGGUCUGCCUCUCAAGGAGCCUCAAAUUGCCUGGUUGUUCAGUGGCACAGUACUGCACCACCUGGUGAUGAGAAUGAGAAAGGGAGUCAGCCCUGAGCAACUGUUCUUGGGCUCACCCUCCAGUAGGCGGCUCUUCAACAGCCUGUUGGAUACUACUCUCCAGUAUCACCCUGAGGGCCUGUCAGUGCCGCAGCAGACCCCAGCGUUGGAUGACCUGUUUGAUUUGUUCAAGAACCUGCAGCUCCUUGAGGAGGAGGCGGAGGAAGAGAGGGCUGUAGGGAAGAGUGUGGUGGACUACAGCUGUGACAAGGUGCUGGUGAAAACCCGCUACAGAACCAAGGAGCGGAGUCACAAGGCCCAAAAUCCAGAACUCUUUCACAAGAAGGAGCGCAAAGGCUGGGACUGACUGGACUCUCUGCGGGGUGGAGCAGUGAACCCAGCAGAUGCAGCCAGAAACAGAGACAACCAGAAACCACAGAAAAUCAGAAAUCACAGCUUAGCCGCAAACUUGUAGUGACAAAAUGGGCUCAGUCGAAUCGGGAGCGGUACACUAUAUCGGAAUUCACUCAUUUUCUAUUUUGAACAAAUGUGAAAAUACCGGCUGUUGACAUAUAUGAAAUAUGUGUGCUCUCAAUUGUAGAAGUAAAUCUAUAUUUUUGUAUUAACACAUAGGCAAACUUUAAUGAGUACAUGCGGGUACUGUAUGAUGGACAAUGAUAGCAGCCAAUGAAAUGCGCUGAAAUUGACAUGUGGUCUGUGCGUAUAUAACAGUGUGCAUCUGUCAAUAAAGUUUCUCUUUCUACGUUGAUUCCACAAAGA